GGGUGUGGAGGGCAAUGAGAGGGGAUUUUGAGGGUUUAGAGAAAAGAUGAGUGGUGGUUCAUUGGGAUUGGGUAUUCGUUCUGGUAGUAAUGGUUCUUUGGAGAAGCAGCUACAAAACGGAGUGUCGUCUAUUCAAACAGCACGCAAACCUUCCAAGAUGCUGAAGGAGAAAGAGAGGUUGUUCCAUUGGAUCUGCAAGUUUGCUGGCAGAAAGAAGGUUGGAAUGCUGUUUCUCUCUGCCAUCUCCGCUGCUGUUUUCGUCUGGGUUUUGUACGUUGGAAAAGGUGAAGAUUCACAGGAGGGAAACAGCGUGCAGAACUUUAACGUUAAUGAAAGUAUGUCUAUAAGUGAUUCUCCAUCUAUGAUCUCUACGGGAAAUAUCAUGGGCUUCACUACACGUUUGGUACUACCCCCUCCUCCCCCAAGCUAUUUUCUGGGUUACACUCUUCCUCCUGGGCAUCCGUGUAAUAGUUUCAUACUUCCUCCCCCACCAGCUGAUAAAAAGCGUACCGGGCCACGGCCCUGCCCGGUAUGUUACCUUCCUGUGAAUGAAGCCAUUGCUCUUAUGCCAAAGUUUCCCUCACCUUCUCCGGUACUUAAGAAUUUAACAUUUAUCUACGAGGAAAAUCUAAGCAGAGAUGGAGAAUUUGGUGGUUCAGACUUUGGUGGAUAUCCUACUUUGAGGCAGAGAAAUGAUUCUUUUGAUAUUCGAGAGUCAAUGAAUGUGCAUUGCGGAUUUGUAAGAGGAAUCAAACCUGGACAGAACACAGGAUUUGACAUGGAUGAAGAUGACCUCCUAGCUAUGGAGCAGUGUCGUGGCAUAGUUGUUGCAUCAGCCAUAUUUGGAAAUUUUGACGAGAUAAAUGAACCGUCAAAUAUUAGCGACUAUUCAAGGAAGACUGUAUGCUUCCUUAUGUUUGUAGAUGAAAUAACAGAAAAAUAUUUGAGGAGUUCUGGCAGGCUGGGAAUCAGCAAGAAGAUUGGUUUAUGGAGAAUUAUUGUUGCUCGUAAUCUUCCUUACACAGAUGCAAGGCGCACAGGAAAGAUUCCGAAGCUUCUGUUGCAUAGAAUGGCUCCUAAUGCCCGCUACUCUAUAUGGAUUGAUGGAAAGCUUGAGCUUGUUGUUGAUCCAUAUCAAAUUGUUGAAAGGAUUUUGUGGAGGAACAAUGCAACUUUUGCGAUAUCUAAACAUUACAAACGCUUUGAUGUAUUUGUUGAGGCCGAGGCAAAUAAAGUUGCUGGAAAGUAUGAUAAUGCCUCCAUUGACUUUCAGAUCGAGUUUUACAAGAAUGAGGGACUGGCUCCAUAUACAGAGGCCAAGCUUCCUCUUAUAAGUGAUGUUCCUGAAGGAUGUGUAAUAGUACGAGAACAUAUUCCUAUUAGCAACCUCUUCACUUGUCUUUGGUUCAAUGAAGUUGACCGAUUUACUUCUAGGGACCAGAUUAGUUUCUCAACUGUCAGGGACAAACUUUUGUCGAGGGUGGAUUUUCAUUUUCUCAUGUUCUUGGAUUGUGAAAGACGCAACUUUGUAGUUCAGAAAUACCAUAGGGAUCUAUUGGAGCGCCUGGCUGCACCAGUAAAUGUUGCUCUCACUCCUCCACCUCCACCUCCAUCUCCACCACCUCCUCCUCCUCCAUUGCCUGUGCUUGAAGCUUCUCCUGAAAAGGUUGUUAGGAGAGGCCCUGGAAGGCAUAGGAGACCGGGUUCUAGGCGCCACCGCAAAGUUGUGGCUGGAAGUAGGGACAUUGAACCAAAUUAAAAGUUUUUGUAAGGGUGUUUAUAUGAUAACUUUUUUUUUUUUUCUUUUUUCGGCAUUCCACCUACAAAAAUCAUUCAUUGCAGAGCUGGAGGGAAAUUUUGGAAGAUGAGUGCUGUAUUCAUUCCACAUAGACGUU